AUGGAUGAGCUGGAAACAAUCAAGCCCCCCAUACCUACUGAAGCACCAUCCAACAAUCCAGACAUCCUAACUGUCACCUGGGAUGGAUCCAACGACCCCCAAGACCCCUUCAACUGGCCUCUAAACAAGAAAUGGCGAGCGACCGCACUCGGCCUCACAGCCAGCUUCAUCUGUUCCAUGAACGGAACCAUCAUCACCGUCGCCCACCAAGCCAUCAGCGACGAAUUCCACAUCUCCGACACCACCUUCCCCAAUUCCUACUGGCCAACCACCUCCUGGGGCAUCGGAGCAGCACUAUGCCCUCUAUUCCUCUUCCCCAUCAUGGAAGACUUCGGUAUCCGACCCGUCCUCCUCAGCACAUACUUUCUCUUCAUCUGCCUCCUCAUCCCCAUCGGCCUAGCCCAAAACUUCACUACCCUAAUCACUGUCCGGUUCUUCAGCGGCGGCUGCGUCCCCCUCAUAAGCGACGCCGUGGCCAGCAUCAUAUCCAACGUCUUCCACGGCGACCAAGCCAGAAGCACACCCAUCAGCCUCUACGUCACAACAUACCUCGUCUCAACAAGCAUCGGCCCCGUAAUCGGUUCCUCCAUCCUCCAAUACCUCUCCUGGCGUUGGAUCGCCUACCUAGAAUCAAUCUGGACCGCCAUCCUCUUCCCAAUCCUCCUCAUCGCCCUCCCCGAAACCCGCGAGUCCGCAAUCCUACUCACCAAAGCCAAACUCCUCCGCCACGAGGGCAAACAAGCCUAUACAGCAUCCGAACUCAACCAAACCCCACUCCUUCAAACCAUCACGACCAGCAUCCAACGCCCCCUCUACAUGCUCUUCACAGAACCAGUCGUCUUCAUCGCCGCCCUUUGGGCCGCAUUCAGUCUCGGAACCAUCUACCUCUUCACUCAAUCCGUCGAACAAGUCUACACAACCCUCUAUAACUGGACCACAAUCCAAACAGGAUACAUCCAAAUCGCCAUCGUGAUCGGAGAGCUCCUCGGCUGUGUACUCUCCAUCAUCGUCACAAACCACUUCUCCUCCACUCCCACCCCCCACAACAAACAACCCAACCCCGAAACAAAACUCUACCCCUCCAUAAUCGGCGGCUUCUUUGGCGUCACUGCCGGAAUGUUCGUCUACGGAUGGACUUCAUACCCCACUAUCCACUGGAUCGCACCCACUAUUGGUCUGGGAAUGGUAGGAUUCGGAACCACCGCUGUUAUCAUCGGUAAUGCGAAUUAUCUUAUAGAUGCGUAUAGUAAGUAUGCGGCCAGUGCGUUGGGAGCGGUGGGCUUGGUGGAGAAUAUCUCGAUUGCUUUUUUGCCAUUGGCUGCGACGGCCAUGUACUCGGGUCUGGGGUUUCAGUGGGCGAGUUCGCUACUGGGGUUUGUGUCGUUGGGGCUGGUGGCGAUGCCGUUUGUGGUUAUGAGGUGGGAGGUGGAGAUUAGAGCGCGAAGUCUGUUUAUGAAAGAGGCGGUUAUAGAUCGUAGUGGGUGA